GCCAAUCGUCAGCUCGAGUCCGCAAGACUCCGCCAAGCCUGGAAGUGGGAGGGAGGACUUUGGGAAGCAAAACAUGGCGAAAUAACAAGUUUGGCUGCUCGCUGCAGUUGUAAGAACUGCACCGCCCCCCGCAGCGUUGGACCAGAAACACUGUUUUAUUUCAAAUUACGGACGCCGGGUGAGGGAAAGCGACGCUUAACUUGAGGGAGUCGAGGGCCCCGGCUGACGAGUGUGUUACGGUGGCUGGUGAGAACGCUGCCCGCCUGCCUGCGUGUGUUUCGCCCCGGAAGGUUGGCAGUGCUGGGUGCGACUGACUUGACAACACGAGAAAACGGAUGAAGGAGGAAAGUUUCUCGUGGGGGGAGACAGUUUAGUCUGGUUAGCUUAGCCGCGUUAGCUGGCCGCUUGGCGCUCGGCCGAUCGUGCGCACCUGACUCGGUGGUUCCCGUGCGCUCGAAUUUGAGGAAUAUUUAAGUCGCGGUAACAAGUUUGACAACUGCAGCCUCGACGAAUCGCGUUUCGAACGAGGCCAAAACAAUCGAUUUCCGGGACCUGUUCCAUAUUCACACAGUGGGAGGACAUUUUCCCGGGCUGAUAAGGAAAGCCUGACAGUUCUGGUGCGGACGGACCCGGACGCCAUCACAUCAGACGUUGCGUUCUCCUAAAAAAAAAAAAAAACAACCACUGCGUUGCCUCGCCGUAAAUCUGAUUCAUCCCAGCAGCCUAACAGGGAACCUCUCAGAGGAACACCAUCCGUCUCCGAUAGGUUGUUUUAUUCAGAUUUUCCGCGACAUUGACGUUUUCUUCAGUGGCUGUGAUGUUGUGCAGCAGCGGAGACUCGGCGCCUCAUCAAAAUGAACGCAGCAAGGUGUUCAACAACAACAGCGGAGGUGCAUUGCUUUGAAAAGCUGCCAGUGGCCGGAGCGGUGCCGAUGCUAGCCGUGACGAUUACUCUCUGUGGAAAUCUCUCCCGUGGAAGUUGAACGUGUUUUGAGCCGAUAUCACCGCCCGGGCUUUCACCACAGCGACUGCGGAGAACAGCAGAGCUCCGCAGCCGGAGUUUGACGUUAGCUGGCCCGCUGGGUGCGACUGUGGCGCCUUCUAUCUGCGAUGUGGUUGCUAAUCUGAGAGCCACCCGCGUUGUUUGCUUUAUAUAUAUAUAUUAUUUUCUCUCGCAGGAAAAGCCCUGUCUGGCUUGUCCAAACACCCAGUCUCGAUUUUUCCGCUCCACUUCUUGUCAAAUAAGUGGCUAACUUGUUAGCAAACAUAACAAGUUUCCAGCUAUGUCUGAAAACGCCCCCACACGAAGCCUGGAUGACAUCGACCUCGCAGCUCUGAGGGAUCCAGCAGGGAUCUUUGAGCUGGUCGAGGUUGUCGGCAAUGGAACAUAUGGGCAGGUGUAUAAGGGCCGUCAUGUGAAGACAGGCCAGCUGGCUGCCAUCAAGGUGAUGGAUGUUACUGAGGAGGAAGAAGAGGAAAUCAAAGCAGAAAUCAACAUGCUGAAGAAAUACAGCCACCACCGCAACAUAGCCACGUACUACGGUGCCUUCGUGAAGAAGAGUCCACCAGGACACGAUGACCAACUAUGGCUGGUGAUGGAGUUCUGUGGGGCGGGAUCGGUAACUGACCUGGUUAAAAACACAAAGGGUAGCUCUCUGAAGGAGGACUGGAUUGCUUACAUCUGCAGAGAGAUCCUAAGGGGCCUUUCUCACCUCCACGCCCAUAAAGUCAUCCACAGAGACAUCAAGGGCCAGAAUGUGUUGCUGACUGAGAACGCAGAGGUCAAACUUGUUGAUUUUGGGGUGAGUGCUCAGUUGGACAGGACCGUCGGGCGUAGGAACACCUUCAUUGGGACACCUUACUGGAUGGCACCAGAGGUCAUUGCCUGUGAUGAGAAUCCUGACUCCACCUACGAUUACAGGAGUGAUAUCUGGUCCUUGGGGAUCACAGCUAUUGAGAUGGCAGAGGGAGCUCCUCCCCUGUGUGACAUGCACCCGAUGAGAGCCCUCUUCCUGAUUCCUAGGAAUCCCCCGCCAAAACUUAAAUCCAAAAAAUGGUCCAAGAAAUUCAUUGACUUUAUCGAGGGCUGUCUUGUGAAGACGUAUACCAGUCGACCAUCCACAGAACAGCUGCUCAAGCACUCCUUCAUCAGGGACCAGCCCACUGAGCGCCAGGUUCGAAUUCAGCUCAAAGACCACAUUGACCGCACGCGCAAGAAAAGGGGGGAGAAAGAAGAGACAGAGUAUGAGUAUAGUGGUAGUGAUGAAGAGGAUGAAAACCGUGGAGAAGACCGCGAGUCAAGUUCAAUCCUCAAUGUACCUGGUGAGUCCACCCUGAGGCGGGACUUCCAGCGUUUGCAGCAGGAGAACAAAGAGCGCUCGGAGGCUCACAAGAGGCAGCAGGCCCAACUGGCUGCUCAGCGCCGGGACCCCGAGGAACACAAGAGGCAACUGUUGCAUGACAGACAAAAACGCAUUGAGGAGCAGAAGGAACAGCGCCGCAGACUUGAAGAGCAACAGAGAAAAGAGCGAGAGAUGGUGAGGCAGCAAGAUAAAGGUCCCCACCGGAGACUCGACGAUAUGAGACGGGAGGAAGACAGAAGGUUGGCUGAGAGGGAGCAGGAGUUCAUCAGACAUAAAUUAGAAGAAGAGCAACGACAGUUAGAAAUCCUUCAGCAGCAGUUGCUUCAGGAGCAGGCACUGCUUAUGGAGUAUAAGCGUAAGCAGCUGGAGGAGCAGCGUCAGUCAGAGCGUCUCCAGAGGCAGCUGCAGCAGGAGCAUGCCUACCUGGUGUCGCUGCAACAACAGCAGCAAGAAAAGAAGCCCCAGCUCUACCACUACAACAAAAACCUUGAGUCCAACAACAAACCCACUUGGGCUCGUGAGGUGGAGGAGAGAAGUAAACUCAACAGACAGGGCUCUCCAAAAAUCUGCACCACUGUCUCUGACACUGCCAUCCAGUCGCGCUCUGACUCUAUCAGCCAGUCAGGAGUGGUCCAGUCUGCUCAGACUCCACCGAUGCAGAGGCCCGUUGAACCCCAAGGAGGACAGGGCAAGUUCCAGAUGGCUCACUUGGUUCCUCUGAAGCCUUAUGCUGCCCCUGUUCCUCGCUCCCAGUCCCUCUGCGACCAACCUACUAAGACAAUGUCCGCCUUCCCCACCCAGGAUCCCUCACUCACCCCCAGCCCCCGCCCCAUCCACUCUAGAGAGUUGGUGCGUCAAAACUCUGACCCCACUUCUGAAACCCCGGUACCACAGGCACACCAAAUCAGAGAGGAUCGUGGGCCCUGGAUCCGCCUGCCAGAUGUGGAACUCCCGCCUAAGGUUCCCCAAAGGACAGCGUCUAUUGCCACAGCUCUCAACACCAACCUCACCUCUGGCAUAAGGCAUCCAGUAAGAGCCAGCAAUCCAGAUCUCAGCCGCAAUGAUCGCUGGGAGAGAGGAGACAGUAUGAGCAUCAUAUCCAAUCUGCCCCAGACUGGCUCUCUUGAGAGGCAUCGCAUUCUCAGUUCCUCCAAAAUGGAAUCGCCCAUUCUCUCGCACGAUAGCCGCCAUAAGCCAGGGGAGUCCCGCACCUCCUCCCGCCCCGGGCGUCCUGCUAGCUACAAGAGAGCUAUAGGGGAGGACCAUGGUCUCUUUGCCAAGGAGCGAGCUGAGGAGCAGCCAAGGCCACCAGUCAAGGCCAACGACUACUCCUCGUCUUCUGAGAGCAGCGAGAGCAGUGAGGAGAGUGAGAGUGGCGAGGGACCAGAGGAGGAAGAAAGCCCCACAGAUCGUCACAGGGAUGCAGACACCGAUUCAGUCAACACAAUGGUGGUUCAUGAAAUCGAAGGCGAGGUGGGAGAUGGAGAGCAAGCUGGUGGCUAUGGGGAUCAGACCAUGCUGGUGCAGAGGACCCCAGAGAAACGGAGCCAUAAUGGAUACACUAACUUGCCUGAUGUGGUGCAGCCCUCCCACUCCCCCACUGAGACAGCCACUCAAUCUUCCCCUGGGAAAGACUCUGUUUAUGAUUAUCAGUCCAGAGGUUUAGUUAAAGCAUCUGGCAAGUCCUCCUUCACCACCUUUGUGGAUCUGGGCAUGUACCAUUCACCAGGAGGAGCAGGGGAUAACAUGUCUAUCACCGGCUCCAGGUUUGAGCAGCUGAAGAUGGAGGUGAGAAAAGGAUCCAUGGUGAAUGUCAAUCCGACCAACACACGUCCCCCCAAUGACACACCUGAGAUCCGCAAGUACAAGAAGAGAUUCAACGCUGAGAUCCUGUGUGCCGCACUUUGGGGUGUGAACCUAUUGGUGGGCACAGAGAAUGGUUUGAAGCUGCUGGACCGUAGCGGUCAGGGCAAGGUUUACCCCCUCAUCAACUCCCGCAGGUUCCAGCAGAUGGACGUCCUGGAGGGCCUCAACCUGCUCAUCACUAUAUCAGGCAAGAAAAACAAGGUGCGUGUCUAUUACCUGGCCUGGCUGAGGAAUAAGAUCCUCCACAAUGACCCCGAGGUGGAGAAAAAGCAAGGCUGGACUACUGUGGGCGAGAUGGAGGGAUGCGUGCACUACAAAGUGGUGAAAUACGAGAGGAUAAAGUUCCUGGUGAUCGCUCUGAAGAAUGCGGUGGAAGUGUAUGCUUGGGCGCCCAAACCUUAUCACAAAUUCAUGGCCUUCAAGUCUUUCGCAGACCUCCCACACAGGCCUGUCCUGGUUGACCUAACAGUGGAGGAGGGUCAAAGGUUGAAGGUCAUUUAUGGCUCUUGUGCUGGUUUCCAUGCCAUUGACGUGGACUCUGGAAACAACUAUGAUAUUUACAUCCCUGUGCAUAUUCAGAGCCACGUGUUACCACACGCAAUUGUGUUCCUGCCCAGCUCAGAUGGCAUGGAGAUGCUGCUAUGCUAUGAGGACGAAGGCGUCUAUGUCAACACCUACGGACGCAUAAUCAAGGACGUGGUCCUGCAAUGGGGCGAGAUGCCCACAUCUGUUGCUCAUAUCUGCUCCAAUCAGAUCAUGGGCUGGGGAGAAAAGGCCAUAGAGAUCCGCUCAGUGGAGACUGGACACCUGGAUGGUGUGUUCAUGCACAAAAGAGCUCAGAGGCUGAAGUUCCUUUGUGAGAGAAAUGACAAGGUAUUUUUUGCAUCGGUGCGAUCAGGAGGCAGCAGCCAGGUGUACUUCAUGACAUUGAACAGGAACUGCAUCAUGAACUGGUGAAGGAUGUUCCGCUCUGGUCAGUGCGAGGAACCGCUCGGGGUUCGAAGAACGAAGAGCAUCCGAAAUUUCUCGAAAACGCAUGCACACAAUUGUGAACACAUCUCUCGCUUUCUCUCCAGCUCGCUAUCGCCCAUGCAGUCUUGCUCCAAAGACACACAUAGACAAACACACACACACAAACACAAAUAAUAUCUAAAUUCAUUCCAGCCUACACUAUUUAAGAUACAGUUUCUAUUGAGGCCCCCUGAUAACAUUCUCUGCGGAAUCAUCAUGAAAAGUCACUGAUGAGCUGCAGAUGUUAACACCACCUAUUGAUUUGUACUGUAAAUACUCCCGUCUUGAUCUGUUUUAUUUGGUGGACCUGUGUUCAGUCGUAUCUAUUUAGUUCCAUAUCGUGAAGUAUGUUUAAAAACACAUUCCUUGAUGGAUCUACCGUACAUUUUUAAGAAGGCAUUAUUUUCCAAUACUGAAUGUUGAAAUGAAGCUGUAAAUAGAUAGCACCUGACACUUAGAUCUGAAUCAUUUGCAGGCCUCUAUUGCUCAAAUAAUAAAAUGGUGGAGCUUCCCUUUGCAGUGGCCUAUGGAUCCCCCUGUUGUUUUGGGGGGUUUACAACUUCAGGAAGGCCUAAAGGAAGGAUUUAGUACAAAAAAUAUAACGAAGGCACAUAAAAGUCAGGAUGAAGUAGCUCUUUCUAUCAUAGACGGUAUCCUGAAGUCCUGCUCCUUAGAUUUUUGUUUGGCCCGAAUGGCAAAUUAUGUUGCAGUUUUUAAUCACGGCUUGAAUGCCUCAAGAGAAAAUUAAAUUUCUCUUUAAAAACAAAUAAAUAAUAAUAAAAAAAAAACAAUCAAGUCUCAAAAAUGCUCUCGUCAGAAUUUGUGCUGCAGAACCUCCCACUUUGCCUUUACUUCAUUGGUUUAGAUGAAACCAUUCAUUAUUUGACUCAUCUGGCUUGUAUCUAAACCUUUUUUCUUUUUGUAGAUUUACAAAUUACAAAAAAUUUGAUAUUUAUAUGUAGUGGUAAUGUAUUGGUAUUAGCCUACUGGUAUUCUUAAUUUUACUGUAAUUAUAUUGCCAUUAUAUUGCAAUAUAUUCUAUUCUUGUGGAGUCUUUGUUUGAGGAGGAGAGUUUGUGUGUUCUGGCUUGUGUCGUUCUGCGAGUAUGAUGACAACUUUUGGGACGCUAGCCGCAAAAGGAAGAAGUUGGAGAAACAUGGAAGUAGAGGGCCACUGAGAUUAUAGUGAUGAAGGGAGGUUGUUUUCAGGGUCCUGUCGCCCUCUUACCACACUGAUCCACUCUACUGUAUUAUAUUUCAGUUUUUUCGCUAGUGUGGGUUUUUUUUUGUGUGAGAAGUGUCCCGCGGAUGAUGGUGGAACAGCUCAUAGUGCGAAACAGUUCUUAUUUGUGGUUGGCCAGUGGAAAGAUUUAAUGUUAAGAUCUACACCAUCACAGAGGAUUCCAUCUCAUCAGGUGCUUUGGCUGGAACACAUGAAACUUAAUAUUUUUCAUAAUUAUAGAUUCUGCCAAAGUUCACAGCAUAUUCAGAAACGGAAGGUAUGAACCAAGACAAACAGCCAGAGAGUUUGAAUUGGCAUCUAGAUAGAAGAGUCUUUUCCUAAAGAUCACUAAACAUUGUUUACCUUUUUAAUGUAUAGAUCCAAAGAGGCAGCUGGCUUUCCACAAAUAUUAUGGUAUGUUUUAUUAGCUGCUUGUAAUUUCUUAUAGAUCUUUACUCUGAGUUUGUUGGUAGUGCAUAGGGUGCCCCUCCAUGUUUAGGGGAGUUAACUCUGCUUUGUUUAGGCAGCUGCAUGAGGGAGGUACCAUGUUCUCAUACACCGGGUAGAAGUAUGCGGCAGCCGUAUCAGGAAGAAGCCUGGUGGAAUUCUGUUGGCAGGGGGUAGGUCAACCCUUUUUUGUUCAGGGAUUUGUGCUACCACAGCAAUUUGGUAUGAGCACAUGGACAUCUGCCUAAUUUGAGGGUUAUUUUGUUUCUAUCUUCAUUCUAGAGCACAGUUUGAGAGCUAGCCUUAUUGAUUCUAAUGCUCAAAACCCAGCACUCACACUCAAAUCGCCCCUUCUUAAAUUUGCUCUGCUUGUGCUCGAACCGUGCACAUCACUCUAAUUGUGUUGCUCGGACAGAUUUCCUGAACUCUAGACUUUUUGUGCGACAAAUCCGUCAAAAUUCCCCAUCCAAACGAAUAGCAGGUGUAUAGUUGACAAAUAACAAUCAUCCCUUCCUCGUUUUGGGUGUUUUAGCUUUACUUCUUUGAGAGUCCAGUACUGGUGGUUACUUUAACCGGGCUCAUAGACUCCCAUCCUCCUCGGCCUUAUUAUUAAUCAGCUUCCUAUCUGUUUGCUUGACAGGAAACGACACCUUCAAUUAUCAAGACUAAACCUGGCAUUUUAUUGGUUUGAUUUUGACAGACUUCCAAGCCCAGAAGAAAAAUGCUGAAUGCAGGAAAAAUGUCCAAGCCACAAAAUAUCUGAGUUAAGCUCACAAUCUGAGCACAAAUGGGGACUAUUUGAGUACGAGUGCAGGAUUUUGAUUAUAAGCAUAAAAAAAUCUGAACAUCAAAUUAUUUAGACCACAUUCUUGAAUAAAGACAGGGAAAAAAAGAACAUCUGAUUCGUUGAUGUUACACAAAUGCGACUGUUUCGUGAAGAUGCCAGUACGAGAAGUUUAUGGAUGUUACGAAAUGAAUCUUAGAUAGUGAUAAGAGUCUUCUAAAAGUCACACUUUAAGCUAAGAAGAUGUAUAUUUUAUGUUGUUGAAAAGAAAACUAUUCAGAACGGUUUCAGGGCAAAGGGCGUCUAAUCAGAUUAUAUAAAUAGAUGGUUCAUUUUAUGGGGAGAUUAUAACCCAAAUCAAAGCAUAGAAAGCACUUUCACAUCAGUAAACCUACAUUUACAAAUAUAUCUGGAGCAGAUACUUUGAUGCGCAGGUCAAAGCCAUUGAGAUAGAGUAUAUCACUGUAUCAAAGUUGUUUUCCCCUUUAGCAAAUACGUUUUUAUUUUUCAACAUGUUAAGUGCCAUGACCUACAUCUCAAACUUCUAUGACAACUUAGACAGACCUCUGGCACACUUUCUUUUUUUUUGGUUUAAUCAUUAUUUAAUUGUUCAGUCUGCCAUGUUUACAGUUUAAGCAGUGCCUUGGAGUGGGGAAGGCGAGAUGUUUUUAGGAUGGGUUUCGUGAGCCACAUCCCACCCACCUACACUUGUCUCUUACCUGAAAUCACGUGAAGAAGAGGCACAGCCAUUUUUGCUCUCUCAUUAACGACAAACAUCCUGUGCCAGUUAAGUGCACUUACGUGAAAUCAGAAGAGAUCUGUUUUGACACUAAAAUGAAACGAUCAGUGACAAAGAAGUUAACAAGUGUCCGGUUUAUCCAGUGCAACAUGCAGAGGAUCGACCCGCCGUGGGAGCCAGUAUAGAGAAAAGCCAUAUGUGUGAAUCGUGUUUUGUAGAAGACGACUUAGUACUUGUGCACAGAUGAAAGGAAACUGUGUGCGAUGUCUGCUCAGAAAGCGUCGGUUCUCGCAGCAAGGAUGAGGUCUGCGCUUCUUACUUUAAUGAUGUUAAUUGUUCAAUCUUGUAGUGGGGAAAGUAGCUUGAUUCUAAUAAGUCUAUUUUAUAAAAUGUGUAAAUUAGUCUAUAUUGAGAAAUAAAAGUGAAUGUACAUCUAUAAGACAGAUUUGUAUUUAUGUAGAAAUGUGUACCGCUCUAGUAAUCAAAGCACAAUGUAUUUAAGGUAGAGAGAUCAAUAAGAGAGAUGGCGGGUCACUCAGCGGCCGUUAGAGUGAAGCGAGUCGCCUGCUGAGACAGAUGCGUGUCUAUGGACAGACUUGGAGUUAGCAGAGUUAUUCAGACAGAUUCUGGUGAUCAGAAGAGUCUGUGGUGACUCAUAGAUUUGUGAUGGACUUUUGGUGAAAAUCGCCUGUGUGAGGUUGACGGGCUGUUAAUAUGUUCAGGGGGUCAUCAGUGGUGACAUCAAUGAGAGGGCAACGGCUUUGUUAUGAGCUUGUUAGCUUUUGGCUUCUGGAUUUUAUCCAUAAAGUAAGUGGCAAAUGUAUCAGUCAAUCACUAUUACAGACAAAGACACUGGUCGGUUUUUUGUUUCUUUGACGUUUUUUUUCCACAAUGACAUUCAGUUGAAGUGUUGCCCCAAAAAAAUGUAAACAUAUAUAGCUUUAAUAUUAAUUCCAAUAAAAUGCACAGACAUUGAUUUAUUUGUAAGCGUUGACUCCUCUUGAUCGCUUUCAUUAAUCACUAGUCACAGACCUCUCCCUUAACACAUACUUUUUCCCACCGAAUAUUCAUAAUAUUUCUACCUUGGCUGUGGUCCACAUGCUCAGUGUGGGUCAUUAAACUUUAUUUGCAUCUAAAAACGAUGAAUAAAAUAGCUAAAGUUCAAAGAUUUAAGCUGCUAAAUACUUUAUUGCUCAAUAUAAAUCGAACAAGAAUAUACACUACAUUUAAAAGAAGGAAUUCAUUUGAAAACCAUUGCACCUUAUUGUAUUUGUUGAGUGUUUUUCUGGAUAGCAAUUGAAGCGAAUUGUUGGACUCAAGAAAAACAUGACAGGCAGGUUGGCAUCUUUUGAUUUUUCACCAAUAAAAACAAUCAUCUCAAAUCGGAAACUAAUGCCUCGAAGAUUUUAGUCAGAGAUGUAACAGCAUGUGAUUCGUUUGACUUAAGAAGGCGCUUCUAAAUAUUACGCUAAGACUAGAUCUGAUUGUCUGAUUCUCUAGAAGCACCUUAAGGUGUGAAAUGUGCUUUUUUUUUAUUUUGUGCCAAGAGCCAUUAAAAGAAGAAGAUUUGCAGCAGAGUUUUUACGAAAGUAGGAGGCACCACCCAGUUGGAGGUGGAGCACUGAAGGUGUAGAUGACAUUUCUCUUUUCUAAGCAAUACAAGCAUUUGAACAAAUCAAAACCAGGACAGUGCAUCUCAGUGUGACACGCAGGAGGCGACCCUCCGGUGGCAGACUGACUGUCGGCUGGUUUUUGUCUCGCUUGUUACAGAAAUAAUCUGUUCUUUACUUUUGUUUGUAAUCGCAAAGAAACGACUGCUUCUCUCCUGACUGUCGAGCUGUUGGGAUGCUUGCUCUUGUUCUGCUGUUGUGAAAUCCCAGAAACUGCCUUCAUGAACUUAACGCAUCAAUAAAUGGACGAUCACUAAUAUUCGUAAUGAGGCAUAGCUUGUAUUUCUUAUCCAUAACGUAUGAGUGGAUAAGCAGCUGUAGCUGGGAGUGAGGCAGAUCGAACUCGUAAUUGUCGUGGAUCUUAGGACAGAAUUACAAUAUCUAUUCUUCUUUUUUCAAUACUUUUUCUUUUUUUUUUUAAAGACCGUAAACAUCUUUGCAAUGUUUUAGUGUGUGUGCGCGCGUCUGUGUUACUUGUGAGAGGUUAACUCCCGAUUGUAUUUCAUAGACUGAUAAUCUUCAAACUUUCAAAAGGAAUGAAUUCAUGUCUUAAUACAGAAUUGUUUGAAAAAUAAAUUACAUUGAUCUCA